AUGAAAAUCUUGCUCGGGGACCUGCUGCUGCUCAGCCUCCUCUCCAGUGUGUUCAGCAGUUGUCAGAGGGACUGUCUGACCUGCCAGGAAAAGCUCCACCCGGCCCUGGACAGCUUCAACAUGGAGACAUGUAUCCUCGAGUGUGAACAGAAGGCCCUCCCCAGCCCUCUCUGGACUCCAUGCACCAAGAUCAUGGCCAAGGGCUCCUGGAAGCUCAGCCCUGCUGACCCAGAGCAUGUGGUGACUGCUCUUGACCAGCCCAGAGGCUCCGAGAUGCAGCACCUACGGAGGAUGCCCCGAGUCAGGAGCCUGUUCCGAAGGCAGGAAGAGACAGAGCCCAGCGCACUUGAGGCUGGCAACGUGGAGCAGAAGCAACUACAGAAGAGGUUUGGGGGUUUCACAGGGGCCCGGAAGUCGGCCAGGAAGCUGGCUAAUCAGAAGCGGUUCAGUGAGUUUAUGAGGCAGUACCUGGUCCUGAGCAUGCAGUCCAGUCAGCGCCGGCGCACUCUACACCAGAAUGGCGUCCGUGCGAUCCCCAAAACAGCAUGUGUCCAGCCCCAGACCUGCCGGCUGGGAAUCAGGACCCCUUCUCUGCCGAGGCACUGAGAGCCUGCAGACCCUGCAGGCAUGGCCUCCAGAGCCCCUGUCCCUCCAACCCCUCGGCAUGUCGCACCCAACCCAAUUGCUACAUCAGAGUGUAUUUUUGUAAUCCCUCACCCCACUUCCCUGCAGCUCACAUCUUGACGGCCCCAUCCUUCCUCCUCACCUGCACCUUUCCUCUCGUAGGGGCAAGGUGGGGAAAGAACA